AUAGUCAAAUUAAAAUAGAUAUUAUGUUCUCUGUCUUUUUCACGCAUUGUACUUUGUGUCUCUGAUAUAUUGUGUGCUAUCGUUCUAACCUCCGUAUAAACAAAUAGCCCGAUGUGUUUCAAGUGAAUUAUAUUCGAUAAAAUUAAAAAUUCUAUAUAUUAUUUUUAAUCAAAUUUUGAAUUAGAUUUAUCGAUUAGUAUUGAAAUACAUUUGUAGUGUGAUAUUUUCAAUUUCCGAAAUACGUGUGUGACAGAGAAUGGCAGUCCCUUUGGCAACCACGUCCUUUGGCUCGAGAAGUUAUCCGUUGAUAAUGUCUGAAAAACGCAAUGAUAGUAAUGGCAAAAAUGUUAUCUCAGACUAUCGUUUGUCGGCCUGGCAUCCAGAGAUGAUACUGGUGUCAAAAGCACCAGUCACAUUGCAAGGUUUCUUAAUCAUUCCAAAUUCACCCUCCGCUACGUUGGGUUGCAUACAAACUAGAAUAAAAUUACAACUAAUCGCACCAAAUUAUCCAUCAGUUCGGGAUGCACAGAUUAAUUUUGGCACAGCAAUAGCCUUGCUGCGCGAUAGAAAAUUCGAUAAAAAGAUGAAAGAAUUAAUGAGUUGUGAUGUAAUGGUGCCUUCAUUUUUAACACGAUUACAAUCACUCAUUGGUAAACAUUUAUAUGAUAAACACAAUGAAAGUCAUACGAACUAUUUAUCUUUAAGUAAUUUUAUGGAAGAUUUACAAUCAGUUCUUCCAAAUCCAUCUGGUGUACAGUUGUCAUGUGAUGAUAGGCUAAAAAAUAUUAAAUUAUCCUUAAAUGAUAUAUCUGUUAUAUUAGAAAGAAAUGAAAACACUGAAGUUCCUUGGAAGAUUAUAUCUUCUGAUUUUCCCAAGAUACUAGCCUUCGAAGGUUUUGAAAAAAAUAUAAAGAAUUUGAGUAUUGCGAUAACAAAGUUUAAGUGGCAGGUGGAAUUAUUGGAGAAAGCAUGGGAACAAUUAAGGCAGAUUGAUAAAAAUUGCUGGGUGAUUGAUCCGCCUGAGCCAAAUAAGAGCCAUAUGCACAGACGUAUUCACCUUUCACAAUCCAUAUCUGUGAUAAUUACAAUAGAUCCACUAAAACCUACUGCUUUGCCAGAAAUUAAAUUCAUAGGCAGCGAUAGUGAGGUGAAAAAACAAGAAGAAUAUGCUUCCAAUAAUAUUGGUAACUGGAAUCUAAACUGUAGUCUUUUGGAGAAUUUAAGGAUGCUGCUGAAUAUGUAUGAAUUUCCUGAGCCACAAGAAAGUUUGGAGGACAAAAAUUCUAUUAUUGGCAGUCGAGAAUGCGGUAUAUGUUUCUUUGCGAAAAUGGAAGAAACUGCUGUGUUACCUGAUAAGAUAUGUAACAAUAAGAAAUGCAUGAUACACUACCAUUCGGCAUGCUUAGCAAAGUGGUUACAGACAAAAGCCGGAAAUCAAGUUGUAUUCGGUCAUAUUCAUGGCACUUGUCCACAUUGCAAGGAAAAUAUAUCAUGUUCCAUUGAAUAUUAACGAUUCUCUCCAACUUUUAAAAUAU